CUUUGUGAUGAUUCAAACCCAUUAAAUUAUUACAUUACAUUACAUUUACACACGUACAGUACCCAUCAAAAUGCAGGCAGCUCUAAGCAUUGCUCCAACCCUUCUCCCUUUGACACCCUCUAAGAACUUUGCCACAGUACAGACCAGUUUUUCUCCCAAGUUAACUGGUUCACUUGCUGCCCGCUUUACCCCAAUCAAAGCAACUGCGGUUACCUACGACACUACCAUAGUUGAUUACAAUUCUGAGAUCUCUGUCUUUCCAGCAGAAGCCUGUGAGACUAUUGGUGGAGACGCAUGUUUGGCAGACAUAUACCCUGAAGUAAGGCUCCAACCAGAGGCCAGAAACAACACAGCAAGAAUUGCUUCAGAGAAUGCUGACCGAGAGUAUCUUCAGUACACUGAUGCAAAGACGGUUUUCCUAGCUGAGGCUUGUGAUGAUCUUGGAGGAAUAUUCUGUGAGCGUGAGUAUCAAAGAGGAGUCUACUAAAGGAAAAAGUCUUUGCCAUGAACAUUGGGAGAAAUCUUUCCAACUUUUAAUGUUGAAUAUAUAUAGGUCUACCUUGGCUGUGUAACUACAUAUGUUCAUAAAUAAUAUGCUUUGAACUGAAAAUUAUGUA